AUACUUGAAUAAAUCUUUAGAUGUUAAUAUCCAGCGCUAGGUGGCGCAAUGAGCUCUCUUCAUUCUAUAACAGGCGUUUAUCAUUGACUGAAAACUGAUGUAAAUAGUUCAGAUGCUUUAAUAAGCAGCAGCUCUUGACACCCGAGAGCUCGAUCAUGGUUUCUCAUGGUUUGUACUGGACACUGUGCAUGUUGUCGUGUUUUGGACAAUUUUUAGGUGAAGAUCUGCAGUUUUCUGAUCCGGCUAAUGGAGCAGUAGGAGGAAGUGUGGUGUUCGCUCCUGAUAACCCGCCCUCCACAUCAAUUGAUACAAUUCAGUGGCAUUUUGGAACAACUCUUAUAGUGACAGCACAGUCUGAUUCAGCUGUAAUAGCCUCAGCAUACAGAGACAGAGUCAGUUUUGACAGAAACACUCUCGCUCUGGAGCUCCGGAACCUGAGACUGAAUGAUUCUGGAAAAUACAGUCUGACUGUAAUAACUACUGCUGGACAUCAACUUAGAGGAGACACUUUACUACAACUGUUCGAAAAUAUAACUAAUGUCAUGCUUACUGGUCCAGAAGAAUCAUUAAUCGAGGGAGAAUCAUCUGCUAACAUCAGCUCUGAGGGAACUGGCAGCAUCAGCUCUGUGCAGUGGAUGAAAGAUAGCAGUCCUCUGUCUCAUAGCAACAGAAUCAGCUUCUCAUCUGAUAACAGAUCAGUGUCCAUCAGUCCAGUGCAGAGAUCAGACAGUGGAGAAUAUCAGUGUACAUAUAGAAACCCUGUCAGCUCUGAGACGACUAAACUCAGUCUGAUCAUCAACUAUGGACCAGAAGAUGUUUCUAUUAAGGGUCAGGAUGUGGUGGAUUUAGGGGUUCGAGUGUUGCUCUCUUGUUCUGCAAAUUCUGAACCUUCUGCCUCAUUCAGCUGGAAGUUUAAUGAAACAGACACUAAUGUGACCACAGACACAUUCACCAUAGAUCAGACUGACUUCACACACAGUGGAGAUUAUGAAUGCACAGCUUUGAAUAAUGUCACAAAGAGAAACGCCACACAAAAACACGCUUUACUAGUUAAAGAAGGAGGAGGAGAAGGAGGAGGAGGAGGAGGAGGGCUGUCAUCAGGGGCGAUAGCUGGGAUUGUUAUUGGGGUUUUAGUGGCAGUUGCAGGCAUCUGUGGUCUGAUUGUCUAUUUAACAAUAACAAAUAAAAUCCCAAAGUUAAACCAACAUCAAAAAGGAAAAGCAAGUGGAGCAGAAAGCAGAGAGGAGACAAAGGCUAGAGGAGAUGGAAAGAUUCCAGGAAACAAGAGUGAAAAUACAUACGAGAAUGUCAACCAUGAAAAUGUAUAUGAGAAUGAUGUGUAUGAAAACGUAAAACUUGAAGCUUCAAGAAGGCCAAGGGCUCCUACUCCUCCUCGGGUAUCAAACCCUCCUCCUGUGCGCAGGUGAGGAAUUGAAGACACGGAAACACAUCUACUGCAAGAUGAUCUAUCCUGCUGUAUAAAUUUUCUCUUUUUUCUGUUUUUAUUUUUAAAAUUACAAAUAUUUUAAAAAUGUAUAUGGCAUAUUACUGAAAUAUCAUAAACUGCUGCAUCAACUAUUUGUUCUCUGUGC